GCCCCCAGAUCCUCCUUCACCCCGGCGCAUGCGCCGUCAUCCUCCGGCUUGUCCUCAUAAUAACGGGGCAUCACCUCCCCCUUGCCGCCGCCGCCGAGGCAGCCUCCGGCUCAGAAGAACGAGAUCUAACCCAGGAGCCAAGCUCGGUGCCUUCUACGGAUACUGCCUGCGGCGUUCUCGACACCGCCCCCGCCCGCCCCGGGCUGCCUCCACUUCCGGCAGGAUCAACCUCCUUGACGCCAGCACCCGAGAUGGCGGAGGGGGCGGAGGAGGGCGUUGGAGAGGAAGAGACAGGAAGUAGGGAUAAGCUUCUUCCGGCGGCGGAGCCUCAGCCCCCGGAAUCGAAAACUCCGAAAGCCCUCAGACAGGAAGCUCAGCGGAAGUGGGAGAAACACGUGAUUUGUCUAGCUCUAGGAGUGACGAAGAGCAACUACGUAGCAGGAAGGAAAGGGAACCGGAGCCGGGGCGGGCGCCUGGCUCGGCUGCUGAACCGAGGUGGCGGGGGGGAUUACGGAUCUGGGCCGAGGCCCCUGCCAGGGUCCAGAAAGAUGUUACCAACCACAUCAAUGAAUUCCCGAAUACAGGGAAAUGGCGCCUUAAACUCCAGAGAUGCAGCAAGGCACACAGCUGGAGCAAAACGCUACAAGUAUCUUCGGAGGCUCUUCCGAUUCAGGCAGAUGGACUUUGAGUUUGCUGCCUGGCAGAUGCUCUAUCUUUUCACUUCCCCACAGAGAGUUUAUAGAAACUUUCAUUACCGAAAACAAACGAAAGAUCAAUGGGCAAGAGAUGAUCCUGCCUUCUUGGUGUUGCUGAGUAUUUGGCUCUGUGUUUCCACUAUAGGAUUUGGAUUUGUCCUGGACAUGGGAUUUUUUGAAACGAUAAAACUUCUUCUUUGGGUUGUGUUUAUAGAUUGCGUAGGUGUUGGCCUUUUGAUAUCAACUUUGAUGUGGUUUAUCUCUAACAAGUACUUGGUGAAGCGACAGAGCAGGGACUAUGAUGUCGAAUGGGGAUAUGCUUUUGAUGUUCAUUUGAAUGCUUUUUAUCCCCUGCUAGUCAUUUUGCAUUUUAUCCAGCUUUUUUUCAUUAACUAUGUUAUCAUGACAGAUACAUUUAUUGGCUAUUUUGUUGGAAAUACAUUAUGGUUGAUUGCCGUUGGUUAUUAUAUCUAUGUAACAUUCCUAGGAUACAGUGCACUGCCGUUUUUGAAAAACACAGUAAUUCUUUUGUAUCCAUUCGCACCUCUCAUUCUGCUCUACGGAUUGUCCUUAGCACUGGGAUGGAACUUCACUCACACACUGUGCUCUUUCUAUAAGUAUAGAGUGAAAUAAAAAAUGUGACUGUUAAUUGUCAACAGUAUUGUUAAAAGUGGCUGAGAUUUCUUGUAAAAAGUGUAAAUAAAUUUUAAUUGUAGAUAUCUUUAAAAAUGUAAAGUUUUUGUGAAUUUUUGAAAAUAUUUACAACUUCAUGUUGACUCCACUCAGUACAUUCUUUAAAACCAUGAAGUGUACAUUUGUGUAAUAAAUAUUUUUAAACCAA